AAAGAAACUAGUCAGUAACCAACUGACCAUCUUUUGGCCUUCCUAAUGAGUAAUGGCACGCUGCUACUGCUUACCUAAAAGAGAGCCUUCUUCUUUCCUCACCCUUUUACACUCAUUUUAACUUUUCCUUUACCCUUUUUUCACAGUGUAAUGUCAGGAUUACAGCAAAUUAUCUCAAAUUAUUCCCACUAAUCCCAACAUAAAUUGUUUAAGAGUUGCAUAUAUACCAAAAGAUACCUUAUUUUUAGUUGUACCAGCUGAUUUCCUAGAUCUGUGGCUUGUUUUAGUAAAAAGUCUGUCAUUCUUCUCAAAGCUCAAGUUUAAGAUUUGAGGCUUCUGCAUUCAACCCAGAUAUUAACGACUGGCUUUCUUGCUGGUAAUGGUUAUGGACUUAGUACGAUUCUCUGUAAGCAUAGCUUAGUUUUACAAGCAAAUUUCUUGUAGGAGAUUCUUUUGAUCCCCCCUUCCACUCUUUUUCCAUUUUCUUUAAUGGAUAAACCCCAGGGUUUUAGCUUAGAUAUGGAAGUAUUUGGAAUGAAGAUUGGAUUUUUACUUGUGGGUUUUUGUUAUUUUCUAUGAAAUUGAGUUGUUUGUUUGAGAACAAUAUCAACUCCUUAUAGCUGCGGACAGGGGAAGUUUUUUCUGGUGAUAUUCUUUUUGGGCAUUGAAGAUGAUUCAGUUGCUGUAUUUAGUUUUGUUCGCCGAGGGGGUGGUAGCAUUUCUUUUAGUUGUGAAGAUUGGGCCAUUGAGGGAGCUGGUGAUUAAGGGUUUAGAUCAGGUUAAGAUGAGGAAGGGUACCGUUUUAACUAUUGCAGGUACUUUUGCUGCCAUUCUCCUAUCAAAUUUCAUCAGCAUUGUUAAGAUUCAGAACAAAGGUGCCAAACUUGGUACUAUGUCACCAAUGGAUCAGGUGCUGUGGAGAACCAACUUGCUUGAAGCUUCACUUAUGGGGUUCUCAUUGUUUCUUGGAUUUCUUAUCGAACGUAUGCAUCAUUACAUGCGAAAACUGGUUGGAUUAAGAAGUACUUCUGGAGUUUCUAAAAAGGAAAUUGAAAGGCUGGAGAAAGAAAAGCUAGAGCUUGUAGAAAAGGCAAAGAAAACUGAUGACGAGACGAAGGCGAUGAAGAAAGAAUUGUCCAACUUAACAGAGAAGCUGAACAAGCUUAAGACAGAGUCUGCCGAGAAGGACAAGCAAAUAGAGACUGCAGAAGCUCAUGUUACCGCCCUUCAGAAACAAGCUGCCGAUUUACUGCUAGAAUAUGACCGCCUUUUAGAGGACAACCAAAAUCUCCAGAACCAAGUACAAGGAUAUCGUGGUUGAGCUAUGGACUCCCAGCCAAUUAAAUUUUGGAAAUUUCGCUCGGAAGUUUGACACUGACUGAGUAUCUAGUUGCUUGCCAGCUUGACUCCUCACAAGUAAAAUGGUUUUGUAGACAGUUUUGUACUCCUCAAUUCUAUAAGUUCUUCUUGAUAUAAUAUAGAGAGUUGACCCAAAAUACUUGACAUCCAGCAUUCAUUUGAAAAUGGGGAUAGCAAGCUGCCAAAAUACUCAUCUUAAAGGCCUUCCCAACUAUAAGACUUGGUGCAGGACAUUUUUCUCUUAAAUUCUUCUUCUUCUUCUCUCUAUUCCAUGAAGAAGAAAUAUUCGAAUUAUUCUUCUUCUAUCGUAAUAGUGUCAAAUGAUUCACUAGUUUUUAUUCUUGAACUAGUAUUAUUGAGACUUGUAAUUCCUAUUCCCCCGUCCCAAAACUCCAGUUUGUUGAGCUUUUUAGCGACUAAGAAUUGACUCUUUGACUAUUGAACCAAGGAGGUUGUCGGGUUGGAUUGGUAACUGACAAACAUUGAGAAAUGGAGACUCUACAGUUUUAUGGACAAUUAUGGAGUAAACUGUUCUGUACAAACACAUUAGGCCAUUUACUCUUAUACCUUU